CUCUUUCAACAAGACGAUGUGGUUGGACAUGGCUAUGGCUGGAUUCAGCCAACGAGGAACCCAAAGUCAUAAAAGCAAAAGUCGAGAUGCCCCCGCAUUAAGAACAUUCAUAGAACAUCUGAUAUGCUACUAUAUGCAACAACGCUGAUCGGGCUCACGCUCCUUACGACCGCGAUGGCUGCAUCCAAUCCCACAAGUAAACCAUCCUACUGGAAUUAUCGAUGUGGAGAUGCUUGCGAAUACAAAGAUACUACGAUAGAAGUGCAUUAUAGUCACUACACCGCACCAAAAGUAUCACAUCUCAGGUCUACGGCAAAAGCAGAUCACGGGGGCGGGAAAGAAGAAGCUGCGUACAAAAUGCCCCCUUCAUAUCCAGAAGCCUACGACAAAUCCAAGGACAGGGAUAGCUACCCAUACCAAAGUUCUGAGAACACUUACCGCCCUAUAUCCCGCUAUUACGAUUGUACCGCCUCCCUUGAGCACUUUUCCUUGAGCAAACUCCCAUCACUCCAACAAUGCGCGAGGAAUGCCUGCACGCCUGGAAAGCAAAAAGCACACAUACAACGAGCGCUGGCACAAUGCUAUGCACUCGAGGAUAGAGCUUAAUAAACAAACGGGGAGAGCCAUGGAUAGUAAUGUUUUGUAAAUAUACUUUAUACCUCAAGC